UUGGAGCUGUCAGGGGAUUACCACCUGGCUGUGUUCUCGUCUCCACCACAGGCCGCCUCCCUGUGUCUCCUCCGCCGUCUGAGGACGUUUUCUGGGACCAUGGGCCUGCUGGAUUUCUUCACCUCCAUCAGAGAGCGAGCCGAUAAGUUUCUGAACGAGAAAAAUAUUGUGACUGAUUUCCUGGGGAAGCUGGAGGAGAAAACGGGGAUCAAGAAGAAGAUCAUUGCCGGCGGUACUGAGCAGGACAUGAUGUCAGCCUGGUGCCUGGUGCUCACUGUCUCCCACCCAGCACUGGCCUUAAAGCAGAUUAUCCACAGACAGGGUGCAGAGCAGAGCAGAGCGGCCUCCAUGACUGAACAGCAGCGUAAGCUGAUCAGAGGUGCCGUCUCCCUGACCGGACUCUACCUCGUGUACGGUUACGGCGCCGCGCUCCUCUGCAACCUGAUUGGCUUUGUCUAUCCGGCCUAUUACUCAAUCAAAGCCAUCGAGAGUCUCAACAAAGAUGAUGACACAAAAUGGCUGACAUACUGGGUGGUGUACGGCGUCUUCAGCCUGGGGGAGUUCUUCUCUGACAUCUUUCUGUACUGGUUCCCCUUUUAUUAUGCGUUUAAGUGUCUCUUCCUGUUGUGGUGCAUGGCUCCCAUCACAUGGAACGGCUCCCAGGUCAUUUACAACAAAGUGGUUCGGCCCAUCUACCUCCGCCACGAGGCCACGGUGGACAACAUGGUCAGUGACCUCAGUGGGAAGGCCAUGAGCGCCGCCGAGAACCUCACCAGAGAAGUCUUGACCACACUGGUGAAGAAUAAACCCCUGCUGAGCUCGAUGCAGCAAGUCGCUCCAUCAGAACCCAAAAGCCUACCCAGUACAUCUGCACAAACAUCAGCGGCGAGGGUUGGUCCGUCCGACCCUGAAGAGGAGAAAAUACCUUUCCUUGGCUGAACAGUUUGGAUGAGCUCGGAAUAGACUGAUGUCUGUCAGAUAGCAGCUGAAGAGGAAGGGAAGGAGUCUCGGUGAAGAAGACUAAAGGGCGCAAAGUUUUUUCUCUAAAUCAAGACGGAUCCCACUGACAAAAAGCAGCUUCUGUCAAAGAGAUGGAUGUAAUUUAUUUGUGACGCUGUCGUAUUUCUGUAGCUCAGAAACUCCGAUAACAGUCUCUGUGUUUAUAUUUAUAUUCAUUGAUAAUUUGGGGAUCACUAUUUAGUUUGUUUUUACAAAUGAACCUCCUUACAUGUGGUUAUAAUCAACUCAGAAAAGCUUAAGCCUUUUAUCAGACUGGCACUCUUUCUCCUCUGAGCUGAAUCUCUACACUGCUUCUGGAAAAAGUCAGUGAAGUUGUGUGAUUAGAAUUUUUAGCAUGCUUGAAGUUCACAUUCCACCAAAACCUUAUAAGUUAGAGCUGUUUUCUUCUGUUUCUUCUUCAAUUAGCUUUUAUGGGUGGUUAAUUCUGCCUUUUGGUCUGAUAAUGAUCAGUUUUAGACAAACGGGAAUUCGGGUGGCUGACUUUCAGACUUUGGCAGAGCACAAUUAGAAGUCUCUACAAUUUACCAAGUCUUAUCCAAAUGAUAGAACCACACAUAUUCUAAUAAAUCUAAUCAUGUAUUUUUCGUACCAAGCUGAAAACAAAAGUAUAAAUAAGUCUAAGGGGAAAAACUUUCCAAUCAGGGAUUUAAUAUAUAUAGAUUCCAGAAUUCCCUCUCCAUCACUGUGUCAUUUAUUUUCUCUCUAAAGAUGAGUAACUGAAUCUGUGCUUUCUCUUUAAAAGGAGGAAUCUAUAAAUCAAACACACAUAGAAAUCUUUGAGUUUAAGUUUUGAGACUUUAAGUUUUUCUGGAACACAUUCUUACUCCUGUCUCUAAUCACGUACUGCUUUCUUUAUACGCAACCCUGGAACCCUCACAUGUCACUGAUUAACCUACUAUGAAUGGUCUUUCUAUCCAUCUGUGCAUAAACAUAAAUGCAUAAACAUGUGCCCCCACAAUUGUUUUGUGAACAUGUUGCGAGGACAGAAUUUUAAAUUUGUUUAUAUUUUCUUACUAAAAUGAAGAUUGCCUGAGAAGACAUUGAAAACUGUGUUUUGUUCUGUUUUUUAGCUGAGUUCGUUCAAUAAAAUUUCAAAUGAAUUAAGAAGUCAAAGAUUACAUUUUUAUUGAUUUU